AAAUGUUGUUAGCUACCUGGCUAGCAUAGCUUGAUUACUAGCCAAGUUUUCAUCAUCGAUAGCUUAGCUGGUGACAAAUAGAAUUAAAAUAGCAAGCCGAACGUGUAAGAUAUCUAAGCAUCUAGCCCCUUCUCAGUUUGCAGGCUAAAAUUAGCAAGCUAGCUCGCUAUCUUGCAAUCUUGACAGGUAGCUCAGUUAGCUAGCUAGCCAGAGACUACACUACGGUGUUGAUGUAUCAGUUAAAAUAAAAACAGUUAACUUAGCUUGUUAUUUGUAAUGAUAUCCUCUUGCAUCUACACUUUAACGGUUCUGAUCUGACUGGGUAGUUUGGUUUACCUGGGCUAGUGUUAGCUUGUGCAGUUGUUGUCACAUGGAAAGAACAAAUACCCACCAAGCUAGCUAAGAUAGCUAGCUUUGAUUACCCGAUUCGUGUGUGUAUUAGAUUCAUAGAUAGGCAACGUUUAUUAACGCUAUCUAACGAAAAGUUAUCUUUUCGGUACACAACAUUAACUCGCUGUCAAAAUUGAAUCUCAUUUGUUAUUGUCAGCUGCAGUUUUUCAAGGUUGGUGGCUAGCAAGCAAGCAAGCUAACGCCAGGUUACCAUCCAGCUAUUCGUAUUUUGGAUGUCACAAUAUUGCAACAACUCUGUCCUAUGGGGUUGUUGACAUCCCUGUGGCAGUGGCUCUGAAACGCUUUCCUUUACACAAACCCGUGCCUUUAAAUCUGGUAAAGAUGUCAAAUUGCUAACAAUGAGCUGAUAGAUUCAUGAGGCGUCGUGAAGCGGGUGCAUGACCAGAGAGGCUGACUGGAAGAUGCCAAGAAGAAAACAGCAGAAUCCACAACCUGUAAAGUUGGAUUCUGAAGAUGGUAUAGGACUUGAAACAGCAGCAAGCCUCACCUUCGAGAGCGAUCUCAUCUUGGGACAAGAUCUUGAUUUUACAGACCCAGACAAUGAUGGGAAAAGCAUAGGGCUGGACAAAUACACAUCUGACCUAGGCUUACCUGUGUUCUCCCUGGCCGACGAAGAGAGCUCCUCCUACAGCCGCCUGAGCAUGGAGAGCGACACCGACGAGCCAAACGGCGAGCGAGAUGCACUCACCGCCACCGCCAAUGCCUCCACCUCUACAACCCCCUCCUCCGAAUCCGCCUUCCCCACCUACAUGUCUUGCCGGGGCUGCGGCCGCCUGCCGGAGGAUCCCCUGGAGACCGGUAUGGACCUGGUGGGGCCCUACUGCCUCCACUGCUGCAAGGGAGGGAGCGGGGGAGCGAGAGACGAGCCCGGGGGGUUCCGGAGGGGUGGUGGAAGCGGUGGGGGUCCUGCCUUGAGGUCGGAGGCAGCAGAAGGGGUGGCGGACGAAGAGGGCGGAGGGUUGGGGUUGGAGGAUGGGAGCCUGCUGAAGCUUUCCUCGUGCCAUCUGUGCGGCUUCUCGUCGCGCUACGCCAACCACGUCAAGCGCCACAUGAAGACGCACAACGGCGAGAAGCCGUACUGCUGCCCGCUCUGCUCUUACGCCUCGGCGCAGUUGGUCAACCUGCAGCGGCACCUGCGCAUCCACACUGGCGAGAAGCCCUACAAGUGCCAGAGCUGCGCCUUCGCCUGCAGCUCCCUCGGCAACCUCAAGAGGCACCAGCGCAUGCACACCACUGCCGCCGUUGCUGUUGCCGCACCCAACCCCAAAGGGCAGGGAGGGGGCGGCGGAGUCGGUGGAGGCCCACGCCGGGGUGCUGUCUACAGGGGGCACAGCCUACGGAGGCCCCUAAGGAGCCACAGAGCCAGGGAGGAGUCAACGAGGACCAGUAAUGAUGAAAUUGUGUCCCGAAAUGACUUGGCACAUCUACCUAUGGGUGGAAUUGACGGUGGUUUCAUACAGGCAUUUGACAGCCCCCGGGCUGAGCAACAACAGCCACACCAGCGCACACCUAAUCUCCAGCCCCCGCCUCCGCGCCCCCCUCCUCCUCCUCAGCAGUCACAGCCGCCGGCCGCCCUGCCCCCCCUCCUCUUCCCCUUCACCUGCCGCCUGUGCGGCGUCGACCUGGAUGACGAGGACGGCACUUCGGCUCAGAUUUGCGCCCGCUGCACCCUCGAGCUCCUCACUAAGGACACGGGUGGCGCGGCAGGCGAGCGCUCCGGCGGUGGCAGCGAGCGGGUCUACACGUGCGCUGCGUGCCCCUUCCUCACGCACUACCCCAACCACCUGGCGCGCCACAUGAAGACGCACAGCGGCGAGAAGCCGUACAAGUGCCCGCAGUGCGACUACGCCUCGGCGCACUUCGACAACCUGAAGCGGCACCACCGCGUGCACACGGGCGAGAAGCCCUACAAGUGCCACCUGUGCGAGUACGCCUGCGGCAACCUGGCCAACCUCAAGCGGCACCAGCGCGUCCACUCCGGCGCCAAGCCCUUCCAGUGUGCCCUCUGCAGCUACAGCUGCAACCAGAGCAUGAACCUCAAGCGGCACAUGCUGCGCCACACCGGUGAGAAGCCGCACAAGUGCCAGGAGUGCGGCUACACCACGGGCCACUGGGACAACUACAAGCGGCAUCAGAAGAAGCACGGCCUGGCCGCCGACGGCUGGGUCAAAGUGCAGCUGCCUGGCGGGGAGGAAGGCGAGGAGGAAGAGGAGGAUGAGGAGGAGAUGAUGGUGGAAGAGGAGGAGGAGGAGGAGGAAGGGGAGGUGGUGUAGGUCGCCUGAAGGAUGAAGGUGGGUAUUUGGGAAGAAGGGAAUUAAAGGAGAGGGGGAUGUCUAUAAAAGAGUGUUGAAGAGAAUAAACAGAUUUAGUAUCUGACCGGAGCAAGGCUGUUUCUUAUGAGGUGGUUGUACAUUGAGAGAAAUCGAUAGAGGAGAGAACAUGAGCUGUGAAACAGUUGUACAGUGAGAUUUCAGAACGUGUCAAAAGGGGAAAAAAAUAAAAAAUA